UAUAUGAAUAAGAAGUGUGGUUGAUGCUCUUUGAAUAGUAGGUUUAUUUUAUUUACUGUUUCAGAAGGGCCACUUGUCAUGGUUGAGAUCGAGAUGGAUACCGAAACUGCUGCAAAUGCAAAUGCGGCUCCAACCAAUGAGACUCCAAAAAAUGUUCCCAUCUCUCAUCAUUCCUCACAUCCUCCUCUUAAUGAGAGGAUUAUUUCAUCCAUGACCCGGAGAUCUGUUGCUGCACACCUGUGGCAUGACCUUGAGAUAGGGCCUGGUGCUCCAACCAUCUUCAAUUGUCUAUUUGAUGGACACAAUGGAUCUGCUGCUGCUAUUUAUGCCAAGGAGAAUCUUCUAAAUAAUGUAUUUGUUGGCAAUCUAAAACCACCAGAAAAUGUAAACGUAAAAAUAAUAAUAAUUUUGAGGAGGUUUUAAAAUCGUCAGAAAUUUCG